ACUGGAGCAGGCUGGUACCGUCAGGCUGCUAACCAUGAUUCUGUGUCCCCCGAGCACGGAGCACCCCCGCGGAACCCAGUGCCAGCGGCUGCAGGGCCAGGAUCACAGCUAACCAGUAUUGGAACUGAGCCAAGGGCACUGAUGGGUAACGCAAAAUAGAAUCUGGCUUGCCCUCCUGCGGCCCCACUGACUUCUGCAUUUCUAACAGGAGCAAAAACAUGUUUGCUGACAGGUUGGUUUUUUUGAGUGGGGGAGGACCUGGAGAUAUGCUGGGAGAAGGCAUGUUGAGCAAGAUGGGGGCAUUUCUGCUUACUCACUUUCCUGAUCAUCACUGUCUUCAAAUAGCCUCUCAAAAGUCCCACUGUUCAAAGCAAAGCCUGUUCUAUGGCUCUAGGGCAAACUGAAUUGAAGCUCCAGCAGUGACUAGAUUUCUUCCAAUGCACAGGCAAGAGCAGGCUCCAAAGCUGCACAUGCACUGCACUGUCUCCAAGAGUGAAAUAAUUUGUUGGAUCUGUCUUGUUGCCAUUGUUCCCCAGCUGAGGCCAGAUCUAAGGGGCACAGGUAUUCUGGGGGGAGGGGGCUGCCGCACCCCCUGGUGUGAAGUGGUUUCUGUCAUGUACAGGGUUUACAGUUUGGAUCAAUGGCUCUCACCACCCCCACUGUACGAAUUGUUCCAGCACCCCUGAAGGGGCACUGUGGAUUUUUACAAGAGCAAUGAUUAAAAUUUGAUGCACCUCUUUCCUCUGUCCCAAGCCUGGCCAUCACUGCAGUGGCUUGUGGGAAUCCCUGCUACAGGGGAUCCCAAACUCACUGAGGCAGGGUUACAGAGCAGGAGAGGGCCACUCAAAGAGCUCUUGGGAGUCAUUGUGGAUAGUUCCCCAGUGGCUAGAAAGAAGUAAAUGGUGGGUAAAGAGCCACCUUACUGCUUGCUUAUUCUUCCAUAUCUAGGCUGAUGUGCCCCAUCCCCCUCCUUCAACAGCUGCUCUGGGGAGCUGGUGAGGUAGUGGCCAGUACAGCUGGAACAAUAGGAUGUGGCAACUCGCAGUGAUAGCUGUGGCAACAGCCCAAUACUUUCCCAGGCCUUUGUCUGUGACAGAAAAUUCCUGGUCCCCUAUUUGGAUAUCUUCCCAGAGGGAUACAGUCAUAGCUUGUCUCAGGUAGCUGAAGAGUUUCACAGGACUCUGAAAGAGUCAACAUACAUUAUUUGAUCCCAUAACUGCCUGGCAAAGCUGGCCUUCCUCACCUAAGGAGGCAGAAUUCCCCUUGUCUGGGGAGUGCCUGUGCCCAGAAGACUCAGCACAGAUUUCUGGCUUCUUGUUCUCCCCUGCUACACGCUGACAAGAUGAGCCAAGCAUCUUUCAUUUAUAUCCAUUGGGGUUUUGUCCCCCCACAACCCUGCUUGCAGGCAAGGGAGCAAAACUGGGCUCAGAUGUUGUUCCAAAAGUAUUCGUAAGUGGGUAGCGCUCCCCCUGCCCUCAAAGAGAUUGAGCUUGUCUUGUCUCCCCAAAGGGCAGUUCUGUGGCAGGAUCAUGGACUUCACUGGGAGAAGGAGCUACAGCAGAGCUGAGAGCGUGCUGCCUGGAUUCCUGUAUAGGACCCAAUCUUCCCACCUACAGGAGCCCUGACGCUCAGCACAAGCUGGAAACAUGACUCUGACCAACAGGUAGUGAAGAUGACCAGUAGCGACCAAGAGCGUCCACAGUUCCUGUUUGUGAAAGCGCUGGCCAGCCGGGGGCGCCUGGAGGCAGUGACACAACAGAUGGGCUACCACCCGCAGUACCUGGACAGCUUCCUCAAGAUGCAGCACUACCUCCUUCACAUGGAUGGCCCACUGCCGUUUGCCUGCAGACACUACAUCGCCAUCAUGGCAGCUGCUCGGCACCAGUGCUGGUAUCUAGUGAAUCUGCACAUGCUGCAGUUCCUGCGAGUGGGGGGAGAUCCCCAGUGGCUACGGGGCCUGGACUUCAUCCCUCCCAAACUCCGCAAUCUUAAUGAGAUCAACAAGAUCCUGGCUCAUCGGCCUUGGCUCAUCAGCAAGGAACACAUCGAGAAGCUGCUGAAGAUCAGUGAGCAGAGCUGGUCUCUGGCAGAGCUGGUCCACGCUGUUGUCCUCGUGGCGCAUUACCAUGCUCUCGCCAGCUUUGUCUUUGGUUGUGGCUGUGAGCAGGAGUGGCUGGAUGGCAGGAGCAUACUGAAUUCAACGUUGCCAGGGAACCAGUGUUUCUGUGAGUCCGCCAGUGGGAACAGCUGUAAUCUGGAGUUGCUGCGCAUCAACCGCAAACGGUCUCUGGAUUCCUGUGUGGAGCUGGAAUCGCUCCGGGAACGUAUCCAGAGGAUCCACCUGGAGAGUGAGGGCCGAGAGGAAAUGAGGCCACUGCAACAAGACAGAGAGGAAGAUUUUGAUGGGGAAAUCAUCAGAGCCACAGAUCUCUCCUGCUAUGUGCAGGACCCUGAUUUUGGAUACCAGGACUUUGCCAGGCGAGAUGAAGAUCAGACCCAGAUAUUUAGAGUCCAGGAUUACUCCUGGGAAGACCAUGGAUUCUCGCUGGUAAACAGACUCUACUCUGACGUUGGCCACCUCCUGGAUGAAAAGUUCCAUACAGUUGACGGUCUCCAGAGCAAUGCCAUGGCCAAGCGACAAGGCUGUGAAUCUUCCGUCUUCAAACGGGGCAUCUGGAACUAUAUUCACUGCAUGUUUGGAAUCAGGUACGAUGACUAUGAUUACGCAGAAGUGAAUCACUUUCUGGAGCGGAUGCUCAAAGUUUACAUUAAAACUGUGACUUGUUACCCAGAGAAGACUAACCCAGAAAUGUUCAGCCGGUUCUGGAAGCAGUUCAAGCACAGUGAAAAGGUCCAUGUGAACCUUCUCAUCCUGGAAGCCAGAAUGCAAGCUGAGCUCCUGUAUGCACUGCAAGCAAUUACCCAGUAUAUGAUCUCCUAGAGAGCAGGGAUGGCUGGAUUAUGGCAGGGACGGCGCACGCAUCCCUACCUCUCCAUGGACUCCAUACUUGAACCAUCGGGCUGGAACUGACUGCGAUGGGUUUCUCUAACGUACUUGACUAUUCUGUUUCUAUGGGGCACGAUGAGUGACCUUGUUAUGUGCAAUUACCAAGCUGUAAGGCAACUCCGUGUUGCUGUGAUCUCGAUGUGAAGCUGGAGAUGCGAAUGUGUCCAUGGCAGAUGCCCAAAGACUUGGGGCAGGGAGGGAAGGAUGGGCAGGUUGAGGGCAUGUCUCUCUUUAAAGAGAUGGGCUCUAACCAUCCACCGUGGAAGCCCCUUCACACAAGCAGCACAGGGAGCCUGUUCAUGGGGGCAGCCCAGUGCAGGAUCCUGUGUAUGUUCCAGCCCUGGGGCAGAGCAGCAAGCUUGCUUCCUUUCCAGCACUGCAGCAGCAUCACACUGGGCAUGGCUGGCUGGUCAGAAGCAGCGGCUGUGGGGUGAUGAAGCUUACUGUGGAGUAUCACAAUCAGUAGGGUGGCUUGUGGGUGUGUUCUGAAAGUCCUUUAGUCACAGGAGCAGAAGGGAGGAGCACUGGUUAUGACCCAGGUUCUCAGAUGAGCAGAUCCUCCCGCUCCCCAGCACAGUACUGGAGGGAAACCAGCCUCCUGCAUAUGCUCCUGGCCAUGCUGCCAAUCUCCCGACAGCACCAUGCUGAGUACAGGUCAAGCUAUGGCACUCCUGAGGACGUACAGUGAUCAACGUGCUGUAUUCUCCCAGGGACAGGCUCUUGCCCCAGCUCCUGGAGGUGGCUGCUUGGAAUGUUUCACUUCUGUAGAGCUGGGCUGUUGGACCUGCAUCCCACCCCCUGGGUCUCCUAUUGAGCCCCCCUUUCUACAGAAAGCCCAAGGGGGUUAUUGUAUCCAAACAUGAGCUGGCUCCUAGCCAAUGCUGCACUAGCCUUGGGACGGGUCACUUGCUGCUCAGUAUUGCCAUGUGGGCCAUGGGCCUGUUUGCUUUUGACAGGCCAGGUCAACUGGAACUGCCUCAAUCACCUGCUGUUAUGGGGAUGGCAGCCCUAGGACUGCAGCAGCUCCAGACUGACCAGCCUCCACCCACCAGUUAUGAUGCAAAUGCAGGCCUGCACCUCAUUCUCUUUGCCAUAUGCUGCAGCACUCUUCAUGACCCGGGAGGGAUUGAGGAGUAACAACCUGCCCUACCUGUUACCGCUCUGGCUGGAGGAGAACAUGCUGUGCUGGGCCCCCAGCCUUGGCUCAAUGGCUGGCCCAGCUUCAGAGGGAGAUUCAGGUAAGGGCUGUGUACAGAGGCCCCUUCUCCAAAGAGCUUUUUUGGGGCAUGAGGACACAGCUGGGACCUUCCUAGUAACUGGGGUCUGGAGGGGCAGGGACUGGGAGGCCAGUGUGAGGUCAACCUGGUUACUUGUUUGGAGAGAACGUUGUGUGGAAGCUACAGAAAAAGCCUAUUUUUGCUAUAAAUAUAAUUAUGUUUGACACAA